CCAAGGCCAGACUUACUCAAGUACGUUCUCGGCUGGAAUCCCCCUUGCAUGUGAUACACUUGCUCAAACCAUAGCUUCGCAGAGACUCUUGGACGAUUUCCAUGCACGGAAGCAAUUGCAUCACGAGAAUCUUUUGUCUCUGCUCGGUUUCAGUUAUGAAUUUGGGGUACUUCCAGCGAUGGUCACCCCCUGGAUACACAAUGGCUCGCUCACCACAUAUCUUGAACACCAUUUCAUAGAGUUGACCCUCGAACAAAAGCUCAGGAUUUUGCGACAAGUCGCUGCAGCCCUCAAUUACCUCCACUCGAAGGGCGUUGUUCACGGUGACCUUACUGCCAACAACAUUCUGAUAGAUUCGGAUUGCAAUGCCCACGUAGCAGACCACGGAAUCCUCACAAUGUGUUCUGAACUCUCAGGGACAUCAUACAUCAGGAGCAACGUGCGGUGGGCUGCGCCAGAGCUCUUUGAGGUGGCCGAGAACGAAGAGCCAUCGACUCCUCCACAGCCAGCCAGCGAUAUUUAUUCCUUCGGAUGCAUCAUGCUUCAGGUUCGAGGGGUUCCAUGGCAGUUGUGUUGAUUUACGACCAAGAUCCCGUAGGUUCUGACAGGU